AUGGUAACUAAUCAUGGUAAAAUCGAUAAAAAGCAUGGAGGAGAUAGCCCUGAAGAAACAAGUAUAUUUCUAUCAAUUUUUGGUCCAGCCUUAGGAGAAAAACUACCUAAAUAUUUUGAUGCUAAAUUACCUAAUAUUUCUUCUUUGUAA